AGUUCCGGGUUGAACCCCAAGAAUCCCGACCACGUGGGCGUGACGCGUGCGGCCUCGCUAGUUCCGGCGGCUUUGGCGCUAAAACUCCGUCGUUGUUGUUGCCCCUCUCGGCAUUUAAACCUCGAUUUUAAACACGACCCGACCCCCUCUCACGCAAUUACAACAACCGCUGUUCUUUUAGGUCGCCGCUAAACAAUCCUAUUGACGCCCAAGAGCGAUUGCAAUUUCUCAGCUCCACGUGUAUUCACUUUUUAUUAUUUCGUCGCCGAGUUAACGCGCGAUUCGCCGCUGCUGCUGUCUUCAAAGUGCGAAUUGUUGAGUUUCCUCGGUAACGAACGCGAUAGUUGCUCACUCGUGCGAUGGUGCUCAUGCUGAGCGAGGUGGCUCUGCCGGACGACGGCGUGAAGCACCAGGAAUCGGCGAUGUCGCUGUUCGUGAACGGAGAAGACGCGGGCAGCGGCGUCUUGUGCGUGGCCGAGAGUCGGCUGGCAUGGCGCGACGCUCAGGGCCACGGCGUGUCGGUGGAGUACCCGCGCGUGAGCCUCCACGCCGUGUCCCGUGACCCCAACACCUUCCCGCAGCACCACCUCUACGUGAUGCUCAACGGCAAACUGCGCGCUGAGUGUGCUGCGGGCGACGGGGCGAAGGGCGACGACGAGGAGGAGGAAGACGACGACGAUGAUGACGACGACGACCCCAUCACCGAGCUCCGCUUUGUCCCCAGAGACUCGUCCUCAUUGGAGGCGCUGUUCACCGCCAUGUGUGAAUGCCAAGCCCUCCAUCCUGACCUCGACGAGGUUCUUUCAGAGGAUGACAUUUACGACGACAAUGUUGGAGAGGGGGACACGGGCAACGGGGGGCGGCAGGGCUGGUAUGGGGACCAGGAGGGGCUGGGGAUGCUGACAAACACAGGCCGCGCCGCGCUGGCGCACCUCGACGGCCUCCUGGCCGACGCGUCGGGUCGGGCGCCGUCCUUCGGCAUGGGCGGCGUGCGCGAACGCAACGGCACCGAGCCUGACGCAGAUGGCAUGGAAGUCGAUGCAACAUCACAGAUCCCCCCGCACGGAGAGACCGGGCAAUUCGACGACGCCGACGAUGACGUCUAGAGGCGGUGGCUUUCAAGUCUCGGCUUCUGCCUGGCGAUACUUGCACCACACGAACCGACCACGCCCCCCACUCCCCCCCCCAUUCCCCCCCCCCAUUCCCCCCCCCCCCGACUGGACAUCCUCAUGAGUCCCCGUGCCCGUCAGUUCUUCCACUACCGCCGUCUCGAGCCUCGCCACCGCUGAGCGUCGUCCCUCUGGCACGGGGGUUUCAAGUGAAGCGUCGCUGUCGUCCGUUCGCGGUUUCCGCGUGGGGGGGGGGGGGAAUUUAAACUUUCGCUCAUUCCCCGUCCUCCUACACCUUCACCGAAAGGCUCGUGCAAAAAUGUUCUGGCCAGGAUUUUUUUUUUUGCACUCGGCCAAUCCGGGAAAGGCAUCGUGCGUCGGUUGCGUUGUCGGGCAGCAACGUUGCGAAGUGGGCCGAGGAUUUAUCUCGCGCGGAGUAAUGGUGGAGUAAUGUACGCCGUCGACCGGUAGAACUGUGUGGUGUGUUUUUUUCAGACGUGUUCUUCUCGCGCUGUUUGAUAUUGUGGUUCGCCGGUUAAACAGCAUUGGAUUGCGAACGAGCGGUUAGCUGUGCGUGUAUAACUUCUCUCGCACGGUACUAGCCAACCGUGAUAAUCGGAGACGUUUGUGCGAGUGCGCGUGUGCGUGUGCGUUAAAACCUUCCCUGCGAGUCCGUGCUCUUGCCCGCUGCGAACUUUUGCUCCCAGCCUCACUUUUGCUGUGAACCCCGACAGAUGUCAAUGUAAGUUUUUGUUGUUUCCUUACGAGGUUAAUAAAGGGGUCUAUUUUGUACGAGA